AUGAUACCUGUGGAAAUGAAGAAUGAGACCACUGUCCAGGUGUUCAUCCUGGAGGGCUUUUCUGCUGUCCAGCACCUGGGAAAAGUCCUCUUCCUGGUGCACCUGCUGGCAUACCUGGCAUCCAUCACAGGAAAUGCGGUCAUAGUCACUAUCAUCUGCAUUGAUAUUCGUCUCCACACCCCAAUUUGUGUCUUUAUAUAUGUGAAACCAAAACAAUCCAGCAGACUGGACUCCAAUAAAGAGGCUGCCCUUGUGAACACUGUGUUUACCCCACUACUGAACCCCAUCAUCUACACGCUACGGAAUAAACAAAAAGAGAUGCCUGUGGAAACGGAGAAUGAGACUUCUGUCCAGGAAUUUAUCCUGGAGGGCUUUCCUGCUGUUCAGCACUUGGGAAAAGUCCUCUUCCUGUUGCAUCUGCUGGCAUACCUGGCAUCCAUCACAGGAAAUGUGGUCAUAGUCACUAUCACCUGCCUUGAUGCCCAUCUCCACACACCGAUGUACUUUUUUCUCAGCAUAUUUUCCUGCUUUGAGUGUUGCUUCAUAAGUGCUGUUAUUCCUAAGUUGAUGAUCAUCUUUCUUUUAGGCAUCCAAACAAUUUCCUUUACUGCCUGUUUCAUACAAGCUUUUGUAUUUGUAUUUGUUGGAGCGACAGCUUCCUUCUUAUUAGCGGUGAUGUCUUUGGAUCGGUACAUGGCUAUUUGCAGACCGCUACAUUAUUCCACCAUCAUGAACUGGAAAACCUGUCUCCUCCUUGUCACAGCUUGCAUUGCUUUGGCUUUCAUUCUCGUCACUGGUCUAAUGGUAAAAAUUUCCCAAUUAUCCUUCUGUGGUCCCAAUGUUAUCCCUCACUUCUUCUGUGACCUUGGCCCCCUGAUCCACCUCUCCUGUUCUAACACCAAAUCUGUUGAAAUGUUGACUUUCGUUCUGGCUUUGUUUAUCCUUAUUACAUCCCUUAUUAUAACCAUCACUGCAUACAGCCAUAUAGUAGUCACAAUUAUUCAUCUCCCAACAGUCAAAGAACGACAGAAGGCUUUCUCCACUUGCUCAUCUCACCUUAUUGUCCUCUUUCUGAUGUAUGGCAGUUGUGUCUUUAUAUAUGUGAAACCAAAGCAAUCCAGCAGACUGGACUCCAACAGAGAGGCUGCCCUUGUGAACACUGUGUUUACCCCACUACUGAAUCCUGUCAUCUACACGCUACGGAACAAGCAAGUACACCAGGCUCUGAAAGAGAACAUGUGUAGAAUGAGAGCAAGAAGAUAA